AACGACACCGACAUUGCGUGCUUCAGCAACGCUCAUUCUCAUUGGAACAAGUGAGUCAUCACUGGUAACCACUCCUCCUAAUACAGGACAGGGUCAACAUGGCGUCAAUGAGGUGCUUUCUUCGCUCGGGGAAGAAUGCUGUGUCGGUGGUUUUGCGUAGAGAGAUCCACAGGACGUCGCCGGCCUCUUUGCAGGUAACAGUCCGAGAUGCUCUCAAUCAAGCUAUGGACGAGGAGCUGGAGAGAGAUGACAAGGUGUACCUACUGGGCGAAGAAGUAGCACAGUAUGAUGGUGCUUACAAGGUAAGUAGAGGUCUUUGGAAGAAGUAUGGAGAUAAACGCAUCAUUGACACACCUAUUACUGAGAUGGGAUUUACUGGUAUCGCUGUUGGUUCCGCAAUGGCUGGUCUCAGACCCAUCUGCGAGUUCAUGACCUUCAAUUUCUCAAUGCAAGCCAUCGACCAAGUAAUCAACUCUGCUGCCAAAACCAACUACAUGUCUGCCGGACUGCAGUCUGUCCCAAUUGUGUUCCGAGGCCCCAAUGGCUCCUCCGCUGGUGUCGCAGCCCAACACUCCCAGUGCUUCGCGGCCUGGUAUGCUCAUUGCCCUGGGCUGAAGGUCGUUAGCCCAUGGAACGCGGAAGACGCCAAGGGCCUCCUCAAAUCAGCUAUUCGAGACGACAACCCAGUGGUGUUCCUUGAGAAUGAGCUCAUGUAUGGUGUGGCUUUCGAAAUGUCAGAGGAACAACUGUCCAAGGAUUACCUCGUACCCAUCGGAAAGGCCAAAGUUGAAAGACAAGGUACUCACAUCAGUCUUGUAGCACAUUCCCGUAUGGUUAGCCAUUGUCUUGAUGCUGCAGCAGUCCUGGCAAAAGAGGGGAUUGAGUGUGAGGUCAUAAAUCUGCGUACCAUCAGACCUCUGGACAUUGAGACCAUUGAGGCCAGUGUGAUGAAAACAAAUCACCUCGUGACUGUUGAGGGUGGCUGGCCCCAGUUUGGUGUCGGGGCAGAGAUCUGUGCCAGUAUCAUGGAGGGUCCAGCUUUCAACUAUUUGGAUGCCCCAGCUGCGAGAGUCACAGGGGUUGAUAUCCCCAUGCCCUAUGCCAAGAUUCUGGAAGACAAUAGCGUACCUCAGAUUAAGGAUAUCAUCUUUACUGUCAAGAAGACAUUGAAUGUCUAAAUUGUCUCCCAUCACAAGUUGUAAUAUUUCGCUCUCUAUUAGUAGAGCUGUCCUGGACCCCUUUCCCCUUACAUACAUUUAAUUACAUCAGUAGCAGCCAUGAACAUCAAAGACAGACUCCCAGCACAGUCCCAUUCUGUUACAUCAUUGGUCUUUCUAUGUUUUUGUUCAUCCACAAGUCCUCAAAUGGUUUUGGGGCAGAGGGAAUAUUUAUUAUGGUUGUCAAAGAGGUAACGUAUGUAUUAUGAUGCUAUAAAUCCAUUGUAAACUACAAUAAACUAAAUGAAAUAACACUUAAAACAAAAGAUUACAGACUUGUUUAAUCUAUCAUAGCUCACAUUGAUUUGAUUUACUUUUUGUGAAAUGAAAAUAAAUAUACCUGUCUCCAAAAA